UUGUCCGGGGCUUUUCCUUUUCAUUCUCUCUCACUCUCCAGUCUUCCUUGUACACUAAGUUGAACUUUAUUUGCCUAUUUCUUUCUAUUUGAUGAAAUGCAGUGAACCCUUUUUCGGAUUGUCUGGUUCUCUCUCAAAGAUCUAGUCUUUGAGGUUUGAUCAGCGGUGGGUUUCUGGGUCAUCUCUGUCGUUCAAGGCCUCCGCAUUUCUUUUCUCAGUCUCCGUUUGGUGAUGGGUAUAAAUGGUUAUAAGUCGGAUGAGGAAUGCUCUGUCAUUGGAGACAAAGGAGAAAUCGGCUUCAUAGAUUUCGAGGAUGAUAAAUCGGUGCGUAGUUACAACCCAAAUGAAGAAGGUCCAAUUGUUAUUUCAGUCCCAUUCCCUUAUGUGGGUGGAAAGCAAGGAGAAAAGCCUCAAUCAGUAUGCGUAGGAGAAACAACUGUGGAUAAGAUAACUAUUAAGAACACCACCCAUGACCCGGUGGAGCUAUGCGGUGUUAAAAUUUACGCCUCAAGUCCAGAGGACUCUUUCAAGCUUUCUCUGAUGAAACCCCCAACUGCAGACUCUGAUGUCGAAACCAUCCAAGCCUUCCUUGAGUCUACUUCUCUGGAGGACAGAAUGCUUCAGCCAGGAGAUACAUUGACUAUAUGGCUAUCUUGCAAACCCAAGGAAAUUGGUCAGCACAAGGCCUUUGUGCUUUUUGAUUUGGAGACUGAACAGAUUGAACGAGUUGUUAUUCUCUUAGCAGAAGAUAAAAUAUCCCAAUCUAUGGCCUCAACAAAACCAUACACAAGAGCCACUAGAAAGAAACCACUUCUUGUGGAUGGUUUUCAUGUGGGUGUACGCCCUAGUGGAGUAACAGACCGACGACCGUACAAGAAUAGGCUUCCUCGAUACGACAUUCCAAAAGACAUCAGAGAAUUACUUGAGAGCAAGCAGAUUCCUUAUGUUGUCACCGAAGGUCUUACGAGAGGGAACUAUGCACAUUACUUCAAAAAUUUACUCAUCAUGGAGGAAAUACAGAUAGAGGAAAGUAUGAGAAGCCAUGAUAUGGUAGGUGUUACUUUGAGGAAGAGAGGACCUCAAUUUUUGUCCCUUGAAGUCCCAGGGCUUGCUGAGAGAAGGCCUUCACUUGUCCAAGGGGAUUAUGUUUUGGCCAAACUUUCUGAGUAUGCAGAUGAUACAGUUCCUCCGUAUCAGGGUUAUAUCUACCGUGUUGAGGCUGAUGAUGUAUACUUGAAGUUUCCUCCAGAAUUUCACGCAUGCCACAGAGAUGGUAACCUUUAUAGUGUACAAUUUACAUUUAAUCGAAUCACCAUGAGAAGGUUAUAUCAAGCGGUUGAUGCAGCAGAAAAAUUAGAGAUAAUGUUCCUUUUUCCAUCUGAGUCCUAUCAAAGAAGGAUGAUUAGAGGCACUCGACUGGUGCCUAUAUCUUGUACACCUAAUAAGGAGCAGAUGUGCUCAGUUGAGAUGAUCCUUGGCUGCAAAGGAGGGCCACCUUAUGUGAUUUAUGGUCCUCCUGGAACAGGCAAGACUAUGACAUUAGUGGAAGCAAUCCUCCAACUCUAUGCAACUCGGAAGAAUACUAGAAUCCUUGUGUGUGCACCUUCAAAUAGUGCAGCAGACCACAUUCUGGAAAAACUCCUCAAUGCAAAGGCUGGUACAGCAGUUCGAGAGAACGAAAUAUUCAGGCUCAAUGCAUCUUCCCGUCCUUAUGAAGAUGUCAAUCCUAACCAUAUUGACUUCUGCUUCUUUGAUGACGAUACCUUCAAGUGUCCUGAACUCCGUGUCUUCGUGCGCUAUAGGAUCAUCAUAUCAACCUAUAUGAGUGCCUCUUUGCUUCAUGCAGAAGGUGUCCCACGAGGCCACUUCUCUCAUAUUAUCUUGGAUGAGGCAGGCCAAGCUUCAGAACCAGAAACCAUGAUCCCGAUAUCGAAUCUCUACCAUCGGAAUACAGUAGUUGUUCUUGCUGGAGACCCUAAGCAAUUAGGUCCAAUCAUAAACUCCAGCCAAGCAGAAUCCUUUGGUUUGGGGAGAUCAUACUUGGAGAGAAUGUUCGAAUGUGAGUUUUAUAGUAAUGGGGAUAAAAGCUAUGUAACAAAAUUGGUUAGAAAUUAUCGAUGCCACCCAGAAAUUUUGUAUCUCCCUAAUAUGUUGUUCUAUGGACAAGAGUUGAUUGCUUGUAAAGAUGACUCAGUUCCCUUCAUGGCAAGGGUGGACCUUCUUCCUAACAAGGAUUUCCCUGUUCUUUUCUUUGGCAUCGAAGGCUGUGAUGAGAGGGAAGGAAGUAAUCCAUCGUGGUUUAAUCGGACUGAGGCAAGUAAGGUAGUAGAGGUCACUAAGCGAUUGACUGCAAAAAGGAAUUUGAGUGAGGAAGAUAUUGGGAUCAUAGCACCUUACCGGCAGCAAGUACUAAAACUGAAGAAGGCUUUCGAAAAUUUGGAGAUGCCUAACAUCAAGGUUGGAAGUGUUGAGCAAUUUCAGGGACAAGAGAGACAAGUUAUAAUAAUAUCAACUGUCCGAUCAACAAUCAAACACGAUGAAUUUGACAGAAGAUACUGUUUGGGAUUUUUGAGCAAUCCAAAAAGGUUUAAUGUGGCUAUUACUCGUGCUAAAGCUUUGCUAAUUGUAAUUGGGAAUCCGCACAUCAUCAGCAAGGACCCAAACUGGAACAGGCUUCUAUGGCGUUGUGCAGACAACUCAUCCUAUCUGGGCUGUAACCCCCCUGAGAGGCAGGAGCUUGUUUAUGAGGACCCACAGGAAGAUCUCUUAAACAAUGAAGGAAACACUUGGUGCUCUGGAGAUGAUGGAUGGGCUCGAGACUCCUGGCAAACAGAAGUUCCCCAACCUGUCAUGGAAAAGUCCUGGCAAACAGAAGCUCCCCAACCUGUCGUGGAUGAUGAAGCUGAAUGGUCUGAUGGCUGGAAGUAAAUACUGAGUUUCUGAACAUAUAAUGCGACAAUAAAGCAUUUGUCUUUCUUCAUAUACUAUGAAUCCCAGGAUUUACAAUGAUUGUUGGCUGGAAAUAUAUUUUCCUUUUUCGCUUUUGGUGUGCCAUGAGUCUGUGGCUCUAGGUGGAGCUGGAUUUUGAAGCAGGAUUCGUGAAGCUAGUGCCAAGUAGUACUGCAGUUAAUGCAUUGUGUAUGCUGUGAAAGUGGGUUUUAUAGUUGAUGCAGAUGAAGUUACUUAUAAUAGCCUUCAAGUAGUUGGCAUAUUAUCAUACAAUUAUAAAGAAUAGAUGAGGGGUGAAUUUCAUUUGCCUA